AUGAACACAUUAUCUCUCCUGAGUACUGGUUCUAAGUUUGUUUCCUCUUGCCUGAAAGAAUGGUCUAGAUUUGGGCGUGCAAACUUCAUUCAACAGUCAAAAGAUGACGUGGACGUUUGCACUCAGAAUCUAUGUGAUUUAUUUAUCAAGAUUAUUAGUGGUGAGGGGAGAGUAGACAUUCUAAACAAGUUGAUAUCUGAAUUAGCAAAGGUAUUUAACGACGAUGACUUUUCAUCGAAAUUGGCAGACAUUUUGUGGCUUCUGGAUGUUGCAAUGACCGAUGCAAAUGAUGCUCAAGCAAGAGAUCGUUUCUUCCAAAUCCUCUCUGUGUGCAAGGGUUCAACGGAUUCUGCGCUUUUAAUGGAACGACUUUCCGAUGAAACACUUGAACAAAUAUCCUUGAUUAGUUCACAUAUGCAAACUCGAACUCGUUAUGUGCGCAUAAAGACUAGACUCUUUUACAAACAGCAGAAGUUCAAUCUUCUUCGGGAGGAGAGUGAAGGCUAUGCUAAGCUGAUUGUUGAUUUAAGUAACACCCCCAUGGGUUCGGCGGAAGUUUGUAUUACUCAUGUUCGGUCUCUCAUCGGCUAUUUUGAUCUUGAUCCCAACCGCGUGCUCGAUAUCAUUUUGGAUGUCUUUGAAAUUCGUCGAGACGCAUUUUCUCUCUUCAUCGAAUUGCUCACUUUGUAUCAGCCCGAUAAAGCUGACUUAACUCAUAUUUUGGGUCACAAAUUUCACUUCUAUCAGGAAAGGGAAGGUACCACACCGGAGUCUCUACACCGUCUUGCUGCACUCCUCAUUUCCUCCGGUUUGGUUGAUGUUGAUAUUCUUUUUGCUCAUUUGCAGCCCCCAGACGCGACUAUUCACUCAGGUCGUCUGAAGAGUAUUCGUGAUGCAAAAUCUUGGAGACCGGUCAUGCACCCGACUGGUUCCGCCAUACACGGCAGUUUGGACAAUUUUAUAGCGACCGGUGGCCUAGCCCCGACAGUUAGUGGUACCGGCACUGGUGGUUCAGGAAGUCUGCUAGGCGAUCCCAGUCGACCGCUUGGUAGUGGGAAUGACACAGAUCACUGGAAUGGUCUCAAUGGUGGAGGCAGCAGGCGAGGAGGUGGUGCUUUAGACACAAGCGACGACUCCGACGACAAGAAAGAUGCCUGGUUACCUGAAAAUGACGUGGAAAUCGAAGAUUCUGCAGAGUUUCAGUUUGUUAACAAUCAGAAAUUAGACCUCUGCACAGCUUUGGCUAAUUCUGGCGAUUGGAAGGCCGCUCAAAAAGUCAUCGAUAGAUUUCCUGGUCACUGGGUCGGUUCCUAUGCUCCACUCAACAAGGCUAUCUGCAAUCUGGUUCAUUUCCUGAUAGAUCAACUUUACGAAAGCAAAUCGACUUUGCCUCCAUCGAUGCUGAAGAGACGGAAGAAACCAACACCACCAGAGUUGUUCUUGAACCAGGAAGAUGCCAAAAGGUUAACCAUACAACAAGCAACCACCUUUGGCAACCUGGGACGUUAUAUUUUACCGAUUGUUGGCUACCUUGGUCCCUUCGUUUCCAGUGACGUAACGCUUAUCGUUAAGCUUUGUCGUGUUUGUUCCGUCUAUGUAUCUGAUUUGAUGAGUAAAAAGGCUCAACCAGAUGCAGUUUACCAGGCAAUAUUCAACAUGCUGGACGAGGCGAUUUUGCCCGCUUUAAAUAUGGUGUCUGCGAAUUGUUGUCUUGCUGAGGAGAUAUGGAAGCUUAUUCGUCAUUUGCCUUAUGAACACAGGCUGGUAUAUCGGCUUUACGGUCAAUGGAAGCACAUGAGUAGCCAAGGUGAGCCGGCGCUUCUACGGAAACGCACCACUAUUCUCAUUCGAACAAAGGCACUAAUGAAGCGCCUGAGCAAAGAGAAUGUCAAGCAACUGGGGCGUCAUCUUGGUAAACUAUCUCAUAGCAAUCCCGGUCUGCUGUUCGAUUUUAUGCUACAUAAUAUACAAAUGUUUACUAAUCUCAUUACCCCGGUCGUUGAUUCGUUGAAGUAUGUGAGCAGUCUCGGUUAUGAUGUCCUUGCAUUCUGUCUUAUCGAAGCACUGGCGUCGGACAAAAAUAAGACGGAUUCAUUGGAAAUGGGAAGCAAUUUGCAUGGUCAGUUUUCUUUUGUCACUCAUAAGAUUUUUAUAGCCCUUGCUACCUUUACCGGAGCGCUGUGUAAGAAAUAUCAAUUUGACUUGGCGGGUAUCCUCCAAUACGUUUUGAAUCAACUUAAAGCUGGGAGAAGUGAGGAUCUACUCAUCCUACAGGAGAUAAUCCACCAGAUGGCGGGUUUAGAUCCAUACGAAGAGAUGACCAACGAGCAGCUAGAGGCGGCCUCGGGUGGGGAGAUUCUUCUCCAGGAGGGAGGCUACUACGCCCAAAUUCGAAACGCACGUCGCAACGCUAAUCGCUUGAAGGAAGCUCUUAUCGAGAAUAAGGUCAUUAUGCCACUCGUCUUUCUAAUGGCGCAACAGAGGGAUGCCAUUCUCUACCUAGAUGAUCCAGAACGACACGUGAAAACCGCUGGACGUCUCUACGAUCAGUGUCAAGGAACGUUGGUUCAAUUCAUCACCUUCCUUAGUCUUCAACUCUCGCGAGAAGAGAUGCAGGCACAAUGUUUUUCUAUUGAUCAAAUGAUGAGCGAGUACUCUGUCCCUGCGGAUACAGCCUUCUGCCUCUUCCGAAACCUCUUUCUCCAAAAAGUUGCACAUUUGUUUGAAGCGUCAAUUGAGAAGUCCGGUGACGACGACAAAAGUGUACCAGCAAAUAAUAAGGCUGCUUAUGUGAAGGCAGCACGCACCGUCAUAGUCGACGUGGCUCACUCUAUUGAGCCACUUUACCCGCCACGAGUUUGGGAGGAACUGGGUACGGCGUUCUUUGCCACCUUUUGGUGUCUCGAGUCGGGCGAUCUCGUUUUCCCCAGCGCCGCCUACCAGCGGCAACGCCACAUCUUACGCAGCCAACUCGAUGCGAUCGAGCAGAACUCCGACUUGAAUUCAGAUAAGAAGCGUCGUGAGAAGGAGCGCUGUCAGACGCUGAUGAAUCGUCUGUCGAAGGAGCAGGACGCGCGUAGGGUGCAUGUUGACCGCAUUCGCGCUUGGUUGCUGUCGGAACGAGACACCUGGUUCCAAACGAUGUCGGCCACCAAGACAGACACAAUAACUCAGUUUUUACAAUUCUGUGUCUAUCCACGUGUAUUCUACACUGCCAGCGAUGCUGUCUAUGCUGCCCAGUUCAUCCACGUGCUCCACCAGCUGAAAGCUGCGCAAUUCUCCACCUUGAUUUGUCUCGACAGGAUUUUCAACGAUAUAACGUUGCCAGUAAGCAUAUGCACGGAGAAGGAGGCGCAUCGCUACGGUCGAUUUCUCUGCAGGGUUUUCGAAUUUGUUAUGCGAUGGCACUCCUCGGAGGAGAUCUUCAAUCAAGAAUGUGGCCAGUAUCCCGGCUUUGUAACUGUUUUUCGCAAAGGCACGAAUGCAAACACAAAGGCGGACCAAUUGCAAUUCGAGAACUACCGGCAUGUAGUGCACAAGUGGCACUACAGAGUGACCAAGGCGGCAGUUGCGUGUCUUGAGUCGGGUAACUACGCACAAAUCCGCAAUGCCCUCAUUGUGCUCACGCGCAUCUUGCCGCACUACCCGAAAAUUGGCCAAUUCGGCAGCGCCGUAGAACGGAGGGUCAACAAACUCAAGGAGGAGGAGAAGGAUAGGCGACCGGAUCUAAAGGCAAGCUUUUCUUACUUCCCCUCAUGUACAAAAAACUACGCGGGUGUGUUACGUCCAUUGAAGGCCAAUUGGGUCUCGGAAGAGGAGUUUCACGAGGUGGAGCAGAAGCCUCCUACGAAGACCCAGUUGUCCUCCCAACACAUCCAGUCGUCAACCUUGUCGCAGGGCAGUAACCCUGCCUUAGCAAUAACAGAGGCAUCUGUCAUCGCCCCACCUACUACGACAGCUGUGGUCAGCACAAGCACCGCCCCUACCAGCACUCGCGUCUCUCCUCCCGUCGACUCCACGCGCACCCACACUGUCUCGUCAUCCGAAGGAGUCGUGAAGCCAGUUGUUGCAACAACUAAUAGCAAGUCUACCAGGAACCCGAGUGUCUCAUCUCAAAAGCGUGUUGCAUCCAACGCAUCCUGUGAGGGCGGAAACUCCAGCUCAAUAGAACACGUUUCCGGUGAUGAUCUUUGUGACACAAAACACCGCCGCAACCCAUCUGAGAGGAGCUAUGGCGUGUCUUCUUCAAAACGCCCUCGCGUGUCAGAUCCACAGCAGCAGCAACAACAAAUGAAAGAAGAUUCGCCAACUCUAGUCUCCUCAAAAGAGAUACGUCGCCUUCAGCGGAAGCGAGCAGCCGCCGCAGUCCUCCUCGGUAACCCAGCAGGCAACGUCGCUCCCAGCGACGUUGAUGGCCGCGGAAAUAAGGACAGCGUCGCUUAUUUGGAUCUCGACGACACGCAUACUAGCAGCGCUGCGCCAUCGUCGAAAAAGUCCAGAAAGGGCGGACCCCCUCGCCUCCCGGUGUCGAUGGAGAAGCAACGGAUGGAGGAGGAAGGAGUAGACCACCGGCACCGGCGUUCCCCUGCAUCAGGCAGCCACCGACGCCAUAGAUCCACUCGUCGGGCCUCUGGGGGUGGCUCACCCUCUACACCACCUACGGCUGCACAGCUGCGUCACACGCGGAAGUAA